CUCUUGUCACACACCGCACCUUUGCUCCUGUGAUUUCUGGUCGACAUUGGCAUCAACACACCCAAGCGAAGGGCUUGGCUUCACCGUUUGAGACAUCCCUUGCAACACCCUGGCCUUGGCCCUGCUCCCACACCUGGCUCCGCCUGACACCGGCAUGCGCGCACCAAUGCCAUAUCCUCACCACGACCCCUUCCAAGGAGGAGCCCAUCCUCCCUCCUCCACUGCAUACCACGGCGCUGAAGGCAACCUCCAUCCAACACCCACUGUUCGCUUCAACAACCCCCCCUUCGAAGACAUACCACUCCACGACCGCGACCGCACUCGAACGUCCCCUGUUCGCGAAGGCCUUGGCUCAAGGCUCCUCCCCUCCCUGUCGAAUGCACAGCCAACUGCAGCAGCCAUACAACGAUCUGCUUCCAUUCUUCACGGCAGGGCAAGAUCCUGGGCCGCCUAUGUUCCAAAAUUAAACACGAACACAAUCACGUCACCCGAAAAGCAGGAAUCGCUGCCAAAACCACGACCGCAAAGUAAGAUCUUUGGUGAUCUCUUUAACGGAGAGUCGGCGCCAGUGCAACUCGGUGUUCCGACUUCGCCUACCAAAGAAAAGGAGGGGACAGACUUCGUCAUGGAAUACCAGCCAGGCAACUUCACCGAACGACCCAUCGAUGGUCGCGUGCGCAGACAUUCGACAGCAAAGACGCCGACUCCAACGCCAACGACACCGCCCGUGACUGCUGCCAACCGAAAGACGUCUUGGUUUACGCGAAAGCCCACCUUACCUGCACCUGCGCCUGCGCCGGCCGCAGCCAAGGUAGAAGAUGAGAUGCUCAACCUCAACAUCCAUGCAUGCCUCUUCCCACACGGUCCCGCAGAUCCUCUUUCACCCCACGCCUUCAACGAUCUGCUCCGAAACGCGACGGAUCUGCUUCAACGAUUGCAAGCCGCUUACAAAGAGAAGCUUGACUACAUUGCCAGCAUUCAACCUGAGGUCGAUGCUCAGAAGGAGGAAGUGGACGAGGCGAGAACACGUUCCCAUCACCUGAAGAUGCAGCUGGAAGACAUAGGACGCAAAGCAGAAGAGCAGCGACAGGUGAAUGAGGAACUUCUCAUCCAGCUAUCCCAAGAGAAGGUCAAGCUUCAAGAAGCACAAGAACAGGCCAAGACCAUCCGGCUAGUUCGCCGCGAAACUGCGGAGACAGAAUUCGACACCGACGUCGACGAAAUGCCUCACAGACGGAAACGCAAUUCUGGUGGCAAUGCUAGUGACUCCGGUUUCGAGUCUGAUGCCGACACUUCGAGCCUGUUCAGCUCCAACAUCGACCACACAAUCCCAGCACAGUAUCAGCAGCAGCAGCAGCAGCAGCAGCAGCAGCAAAGGCUUGUUGUGACACUAGAUCACCAAAGUCAGCCGCAGGUCCGGUACGCGAGCUCGAGAGACAGUCGCAUGAGCCAGCAGUCUACCGCAUAUUCCGCUAUCAACCACAAUGACAGUACAUUGACUGCUUGGACCACCGUUGAGCGAUUACGAAACGAAAAUCGCCACCUUAGAACCCAGAUGGAGGAGAUGCAGUGCAAUUUGCAGAGCUGCAUCGAUCUUGUGAGCGGUGCAACAAGAUCUUGA